CGUGCAUGUGUGCGUGUACAUCGGACUGUCUGUGCUCCAGCAGGCAGCAGCUCAUAGGUCAUCAAUGGAACUGUCAGAUGAUCCAAGGUCGAGGGGGAAAGAGGAGGCUCCCAAAGCACCCCUGUCCUGUGUGCCCCAAAUGAAAAGCAGCAGCUACAGUGCUGUCCAGUACUCUGCAUCCAUCUUUCUCCGACGCAAAGAAAAGCUGGAACAGACCCAACAGAAGUGCAUUGCCAUCUUUGCCCUUCUCUGCUGCUUCGCCGUGCUGGUGGUGCUGAUCUUCUCAUCAGUGGACAUUUGGGGGGACGAUGAGGAUGGUAUCACAGAGGAAAACUGCAGCACAGACUGCAGCAUCGAGCUUAUGGAGAAUAUUCCAGACGACCUCUCUCUCCCCAUGGACGGCAGACCCCACCUCCCUCUCUCUAUUGGCUUUCACACACUGUUGGACCAGGCAAAGCACUCAGUUGAGGUGGUGUCACCUGUCUGGGCUUUAAACCCCUGGGACCAGGAAACAACGCCAAGCACUGCCAAACAGGGUCAGCUUUUGUUCCAGAGACUGCUCAGCCUGAAAUCUCGUGGGGUUAAACUGAAGAUUGCCAGCAGUCUGACUAACUCUGCUGAACUGAAGACCUUGGCAGCACACAAUGCAGAGGUUCAUUUUGUAAAUAUGACAGCUCUUACCAGAGGACAGCUACAUUCCUCAUUCUGGAUAGUGGAUCGGAAGCACAUUUACAUCGGGAGUGCUGAUAUGGAUUGGAGGUCACUCUCCAAGAGGAAGGAACUAGGCUUAGUGGUGUAUAACUGCAGCUGUCUGGCUCUGGACCUCCACAGAGUCUUUUCAUUUUACUGGCAGCUCCAUGAGAGGGACUACAUCCCCUCCAUCUGGUCAAAGAGAGUUACAGCUCUCUACGGCAGGCAUGACGCCCUGGAGCUACAACUCAACUCUACCCAGGCCACUGCAUAUGUGUCUACCUCUCCUGAAGUCUUCUGCUCUAAAGAUCGCACCAGAGAUGUAGACGCCAUCUAUCAAGUCAUCCAGAGUGCAAAGACGUUUAUCUUUAUAUCCGUGACGGACUACCUCCCUCUGGUGAGCCGGAAUUUCAGAGGAACCUCAGUCACAAGGUACUGGUCGCCUAUUGAUGAGGUGAUCAGAGAGGCUGUGGUUCUGAGAGGAGUCAGAGUUCGCCUGCUGAUAAGCUUCUGGAAGAAGACUCACCCCCUCACCUUUAACUUCGUCACCUCCCUCAAGUCACUCUGCAUGCAGCUGCGCAACUGUUCAUUAGAGGUGAGGUUUUUUAGUCACAAGGAACAAGAGGAUGACAUUCAACAUGGACUCAACCACAACAAGUACAUGGUGACCGACAAUGCUGUCUACAUUGGUAACCAUGACUGGGUUGGGAGUGACUUUGCCAUUAAUGCAGGAGUUGGGCUGGUGGUCAAGAUGAAAAAUGAUCCUAAAGACGGUGGAGUGACAAUCUUGGAAGACCUCAAGGCUGCUUUUCAAAGAGACUGGAGGUCACGCUAUGCUAAGAGCCUACAAGGAAACAAAGAUCAACAGGGGAAAUACAGAAAUCUGCAACAAGCCAAAAUUCAUAUGGAGACUAAAGAGGAAAAUGAAUGGAAGAACCCUGUAUCUUUAUAAGCACAUACCUCUAUAUCCUAAAGCCUCAUAAGGCUGAAUACUUGAUUUUACAACACAUGUACUCAAUAUGAGAAUGUGACUAUACAGUCAACAAAGACAAUGUUGAGGUAAUAAUUUUACUUACUAAAGUUGCAAGUUACAGUAAUAGUAUCUAACUACUUUGUUGUUGUUAUUGUUGACUGUUAUAUGAGCAUGCUAUGCUGCAUGAAUCUUGAAAGCAAUAUUCAAGUUCAAACUAUAUACUAAUACAAAUGCUGAUUAUAAAAUCAAUAUGCUCUAUGUGAAACUUAUUUAAAUCCGUAAACCUAUCCCAUCAA